AUGGCUCUUCUACCUCUCCUCUUCUCUUCUCUUCUUGUUGUUUCUUUGGCAGAAAUGUCGGGCAAGAUUGGAGUAAACUAUGGUCGAGAAGGGGACAAUUUGCCAUCGCCAUAUGAAUCAAUUCAGAUCAUGAAAUCCAUUAAAGUUGGCCAAAUAAAGCUCAAUGAUUCCAACCCUGAAAUAUUGACACUCUUGUCAGGAACCAAGAUCCAUGUCGCCGUUACGGUUCCUAACGAUGAUAUAAUCCAAAUUGGUUCGAACGAUUCCAUGGCCGAACAAUGGGUGCGAAACAACAUCCUGCCUCACUAUCCAGAUACCAUGAUCCGGUUCGUGUUGGUCGGGGAUCGAGUCGUCAACUCCAACAUGGAUGUCAAUGGGACAAUGGAGCAGAGCCUUGUGCCUGCAAUGCGUGGGAUUAAGAGUGCCCUGACUGCUCAUGGUGUUAAAAACGUCAAGGUCUCUACGACGUUAGGAAUGGACGUGGUGCAGACAAGGUUUCCGCCUUCGAACAGUACGUUUCAGUCUGAUAUUUCAGAUUCAGUGAUGCCAAAGUUGCUGAAAUUCGUGAACGGAACGAAAUCAGUUGUUUUCGUAGAUGUUUACCCUUAUUUUGCGUGGUCUGCUAAUCCAACGAACAUCAGCUUAGAUUUUGCUCUUUUCGGAGGUAACAUAACGCAUACUGACCCUGGCAGUGGUUUAGUCUACACAAAUCUCCUAGACCAAAUGCUCGAUUCAGUCACAUUUGCUAUCGAAAAGCUCGGUUUCCGGAACAUCCGACUAGCAAUAUCAAGAACCGGUUGGCCUACCGCAGGUGAUAUCGAUCAAGUUGGGGCAAACAUUUACAAUGCAGCCACUUAUAACCGAAAUCUCAUCCGAAAAAUGACAUCGAAACAGCCAUUAGGGAGCCCGAAAAGUCCUGGUUUAAUCAUACCAACAUUCAUUUCUUCCUUAUAUGACGAAAACCGAAAAAUAGGUCCAGAAACAGAAAGGCAUUGGGGCAUGCUACACACUAACGGAACCCCGGUUUACGAAAUCGAUCUCACCGGGAACCGGAAGAUCUCCGAGUACAAACCGCUACCACCGGCCGUAAACAAUGUACCUUACAAGGGGAAACUUUGGUGUGAAGUGGCUCCAUGGGUCAAUGAAAUGAGCUUGCCAGCCGCAUUGUCAAAUGUUUGCAGCAUUGAUAAUGAAACUUGUGCAGCAUUGGCUCCUGGAAAAGAUUGUUAUGAGCCAGUAUCAGUGGUUUGGCAUGCAAGUUAUGCAUUUAGUUCAUAUUGGGCCAAGUUUCGAAGCCAGGGAGCAAUUUGCAGCUUCAAUGGAUUAGCUCGAGAAACAACCGUAGACCCGAGUCGUGGACGCUGCAAUUUCCCAAGUGUGACUGUGUGA